AUGACGGCUGUUUGCAGCAUUCUCCUGUUCCUGCUGUCGUCGACUGUUUACACUCAAGGCGUAUCUUCAGGACAAUCACAGAUUAUCUACCGCUGGAAAUCACUGGAUUACUCGUGGCCAAAUGAAACCACGAAACAAAACAGCAUAACAAGUAAGAGAUUCAUAGUCGAAAAUAAUAUCAUUUCUGGAAUUAAAGUCUUGGAUGAAAACGUUUUCGUGACUGUGCCCAGAUGGAAACCAGGCGUUCCAUCAACAUUGAACAAGGUAGUUACCAACCCGGCGAAUCUGGAAGAGAAUAUCUUGGAACCAUAUCCUGAUUGGGAAAUGCAGACUUUGGGUGAGUGUGGUGCCUUCCAGUAUGUCCAGAGCAUGGAAAUUGAUCCUAAUACUGGCUAUAUGUGGAUAAUAGAUGUUGGGCGUGUGAAUACUCUAACGAACAAGUCACAAAACCUUUGUCCACCGAAGCUGGUCAUCUACGACAUACGUAAUGAAAGACUUGUUCACGUGCACGAGUUCCCCGAUAGUGUUGCGUCAUGGACGUCUAAUUUUCUGAAUGAUAUUGUUCUAGAUUACGUUAACGGUGUCGCAUCGUUUGCAUAUAUAACAGAUUCUUCUGACUCCAAAUUAAUUGUGUACGAUCAUAAGAGGAACACGUCUUAUUUCUUCACGCAUCCGUCAAUGGAGAUAGAAUCAGGCGCGGACACGAUUGUAGUUGGCGACAAUAAUUUAACAACGAAAGUCCACAUCAAUGGGAUAGCCAUGAAUUUCGACUUCCGCUUUGUCUACUACUGCGCUUUGAAUGCCUUCUCAUUGUACAGAGUUCCCACCUAUGUACUCAGGAAUGAAUCAGCAGUGUUCAUUGUUGAAAUGCUUGGCCGAAAAAAUGACGUCACUGGUGGAAUGGUGGCAACUGAUAAGGCCCUGUAUUACGGCGGACUGACUACGAAUGCCGUGGAUAAGUGGCCAUUUACCGAAGCAGGUAAUGAAGUAACGGUUAUCUCCAAUGAGUCUAGCCUCCGCUGGGUCGAUUCCCUGGCCAUGGACACGCAACAGUCUCUCUGGCUUGUUGCUAAUAGUCUAGAUUUAUUUCUAGCAGGAAGAAUGAAUUUUACAAACACUAAUAUGUACAUUUGGAAAUUACCCAUUGGAGAAAACGGAUAUUUGGCAUCUGCAAAAUCCCGAACAGACACUGCCCUGAAUGGAGAUAUGAUGAUUGGUUAG